AGGCAGAAUGAAAUUGCUGACCUCCUUGAACUACAGCACAAACAGGCCACACUCCCUGUUAGGGAGAUACCUAUGUUUGACGGUGAUCCUCUAAACUUUAGGCCAUUUAUGCGUGCAUUUGAGCAUGGAAUAGAAGAUAAGACAAGCAGCCACCAGGAUAGGCUCUAUUACCUGGAACAGUACACCUCUGGUCAGCCCAAGGAUCUAGUCCGUAGUUGUCUGCAUAUGGAAGCCAGAAGAGGCUAUGCAGAGGCUAAGAGGUUGUUAAAGGAACACUUUGGCAAUGAAAUCAAAGUCACCACUGCUUACAUGGAAAAAGCUUGGAACUGGAUACACAUCAAACCGGAUGAUGGAAAGGGACUGGGUGGCUAUGCACUCUAUCUUAGAGGAUGCUGUAACGCUAUGCAAGACCUACAGAACAUGGAAGAGCUUAAUCUUCCCUCCAACAUAAAGUUGAUCAUUUCAAAACUUCCCUACAAACUAAGGGAAAAAUGGAGGUCUACAGCAUGUGAUAUUUUAGAGAGACGCCACCUGAGGGCCCAGUUCAGUGACCUUGUGACGUUCAUGGAAAAACAGGCAAAAAUACUGCAGGAUCCGUUGUACGGAGAUAUCCAAGAUCCCCUGACCAACAAAAGGUUUUUUAAAACCAAAACAGAAGCUGACUUUAAACAGCAGUUCAAGUCCAAGAGUAGGGGAAGCAGCUUUGCCACUGCAGUAGAUGUACUGGCAGAUUGUGACUCGGAAAAACAUCUAAAAGAACAAACAUUCAAAGUCAAGAAACCAGGCACCUACCCUUCUGAUGCUCCCAGUAGCUCAUGUGUAUUUUGCGCUGGUGAGCAUUUCCUGGUCGACUGCCAACAGGUGAAGGCACAGCCACACGAAGCCAAGGUUGAGUUUCUGAGAUCAAAAGGCCUUUGUUUUGGCUGUUUGAUGAGAGGACACUUAAGCAAAGAAUGUAAAAGAAGGAUGACCUGUCAGAAAUGUCAAAGAAAGCACCCCACUAUCCUGCACAUUGAAGGAAGAGAGGGAUUUAGAUCUCUGAAGGCAGAUACGAGGGGUGUAGCAGUAAAGCGGGAGGAGACUGUCAGCAGUGCUCUUGUUUCACUGGAAGCUGGUGAAGAUACCGGGGCCGGUACAGAUUGUGCACUUGCGAUUGUGCCAGUUCAAGUAAAGAUGGCAAAUGGAAGCAAGUCUACGUUAACCUAUGCAUUUCUCGAUUCUGGUAGCUCAGCAACAUUUUGUACGGAGAGACUCAUGAGGCAGUUGCAAGCUAAAGGCAGUGAGACUGAAAUUCUGCUACGCACAAUGGGCCAGGAGAGUCCUACCAAGAGCUUUGAGAUAUCUGGAUUAGAGAUUGGCAAUGUGGAAGGUGACACAUUUCUUGCAUUACCAAAGGUCUACACCCAAAAUAAGAUCCCAGUGACAAGAGAGAACAUUCCCACUCAGAAAGAUCUCAAAAGGUGGCCAUACCUGAAAGAAGUUCAGUUGAAGGAAAUUGACGCCGACGUCGAACUCCUGAUUGGCGUAAAUGCUCCAAAGGCAAUGGAACCCUGGAAAAUCAUAAAUAGUCAAGGCAACGGACCGUAUGCAGUGAAAACCCUCUUUGGAUGGGUGAUGAACGGUCCUCUUAACAAUUGUACCAUGGCAGAAGAAUCUGGGCACACUACGGUGAUGGCCAAUCGUAUCUCAAUUGCCGACCUGGGGGUUCUUCUUGUAAAUCAGUACAACCAUGACUUCCCUGAGAGAGGGUAUGAAGAGAAAAGUGAGAUGUCAGCUGAGGAUCAUAGGUUUAUGGAGAUCGUAUCAAGUUCCAUAACCCUCAAAGACCAUCACUACUACUUACCGUUGCCCUUUCGCAAAAAGGAUGUUGUCCUGCCAAACAAUCGUGACAUGGCAAAGCAGCGGGCUCUAAAUAUUAUCAGGAAGUUCAAGAAGGACAAAGGUUACGCUGCAGAGUACAAAGGCUUCAUGGAAGAGAUGAUAACAAAAGGUUACGCCGAGAAGGUACCACAAGAACAGCUCCUCGGAGAGAAAGGCAAGGUAUGGUACAUACCACACCAUGGCGUUCACCAUAAGCGCAAAGGAACGAUACGAGUAGUGUUUGACUGUUCAUCAUCCUAUAAAGGUACAUCUCUUAACAGUGAACUCCUUCAAGGCCCUAACCUGGCAAACACGCUUAUAGGAGUCUUGCUAAGAUUUCGGCAAGAGCACAUUGCCAUGAUGGCAGACAUCGAAGGAAUGUUCCAUCAAGUACGUGUCCAUGAAGAUUACUUAGACUUCCUGCGAUUCCUAUGGUGGCCGGAUGGUGAUACUAACAAAAGAUUGGAGGAGUACAGAAUGACAGUACAUCUUUUCGGUGCUAUAUCCUCUCCAAGUUGUGCAAACUUUGCACUGCGAAAGACUGCAGAAGACAACUGUGAGAGGUACGAUGAAGAAGUAAUUCAAACAGUCAAGUCCAACUUCUAUGUUGAUGACUGCCUCAAGUCAGUGGCCACAGAAGAACAAGCCAUAGCUCUCACAAAAACCUCAGGGAUGUGCUCUCAGGGUGGGUUCAAAUUGACCAAGUGGGUCAGCAACAGCCGCACUGUGCUGGCUUCUAUCUCUGAUGAACACAAAGCCAAGCAGAUAAAAGAACUGGACCUGGACAGAGAAAAGCUGCCUGUUGAAAGAGCACUUGGAAUCCGAUGGAACAUUGAAAGUGAUGCAUUUACCUUCAGAGUUACUGUCAAGAACAGACCCCUUACAAGAAGAGGUAUUCUCUCAACUGUCAGCUCUAUUUAUGAUCCAUUAGGUUUCCUCGCCCCAUUUGUAUUAAAGGCAAAGCAAAUCCUUCAAGUGCUCUGCAAGCUAAAGUGUGGAUGGGACGAAGUCAUCCCUGAAGAACACUAUUUCAUGGCAGAGAUGGCUCUCAGAGCUGGACCAGCUCUCCAGAUUCCAGAUAGACAGGUGUAUGAUGCCUGA